AUGAGGUUUCUUGCAUUGCAUGGCGUCGGCAGUUCGGCUAAGAUAUUGGAAAGCCAGUUAGUUGGGUUGAUGAGUUCGGUUGACGCAAGCUACGAGUUUGUCUUGGUGGAUGGUCAUGCGCCAUCGCACCGAGGUCCUGGAUAUACACCAGCCGAGAUCCAGGUCGCGCACAACGAGAUAGCGGCCACAGUUGCCGAACUUGGCCCCUUCGACGGCAUCUUGGGUUUCAGCCAAGGCGCAUCACUGGCUUUGUCAUACAUCUAUCACCAACAGGUCAGCGGCGAAGAGCUUGACUUCAAGUUUGCUGUUCUCUUUUCAUCCGUUGUCCCGUUCUCCGCGGACACAACAUACUGCGAAAACGAGAUCGAGGAACUCUGCUCAUGUCGGCGCACUGGCAUGAUCGUCAAGGAUCUUGCGCCAAGGCAGCAAGUCUUCAAUGAUUGUUUAAUUCGGACGUUUCAAUCCGCUCUGAAGAUCGGGGCGGUCCUACCCGACUUCAACCAAGACUUCUUCCGGGAUGAUGUCAAGGCGGUUCCCCGCGUCCUGCAUCCUCUGUUGCUUUCGGAGCGCAUCCGCAUCCCAACCGUUCAUGUUUCCGGGAGGCGAGACUUUCCUUUCAUGCACGACAUGCAUGAGGUAGGUUAUCAGAUGUGUGACCCGAGGCUAUCCAAGAAGUUAUAUCAUUCCGGUGGUCACCAUCCACCUAAGAAAGACUCGGAAAUAAAGGCGGUUGUUAGGGCUAUCGAGUGGGCCGUUGAUCAGUAUUACAGACAACCUCCGUCUUUCCUCUGA